AUGACUCCAAGAGAUGUUCAUGCCCGACUACGUUACUCCGUGAGCCUUCCAGGCGAAACCUCACACGACCAAGAGUUGGCCAGAGCAGUCCUAGAUCUUCGCCAAUGGGAGUCCAGCAAAACAGCAGAGCGAAUGCGUCAUCUCGUCUCUGAUCGCGACCACUCGCGUGCCGAGACCAUUUCCUUGAGUAGCCAGCUGAACUACAUGGAGGACUGGAUCAUGGGCCUCUAUGUAUCGUACAGUGUGUUACCAUCAAACGAGUUAAUGAUAGGUUACAUGUGGCAUCUCAUAUGCUCGAUACCGAGACUGCGUGGACGCGUCGUGCAGGACGAACAGGCUUAUCAGAGCCUUGAACAGAGUGUGAGCUUAUAUGGAGCAGAUGCUGAAGUACUGCUGCUACGUCAACAGCUACAAGCGCGGUGCGCCGAGAACGAGAGACUCAAAUCUCAGAUCAAUGCUCAAGUCGAGGGCAGAAUGGACGAGGUGUUUGAUUCAGCGGUACGAUUGGCGGUCGAGCAUGAGCGUGGCAAAGACGAGGUCGUGAUCAAAGACCUUCGUCAGGAGAACCAGAGACUUCGUGUAGCGCUAGAGACGCAGACACGGUCAGACUGUUAA